CUUCAUUGAAUUGUGCUCCUGAAUGCGCCAUGAUGCCGCCAGUUUGCGCAGCCUAGGCAGUACGACAUUGAUCUUGCGAGAUUUCCUUGUAAUGGCUGCCCGCUACCGUACCACCGUACUGGCCUCCCAUUUACGUUUGGUGGCGCGAAUGUGGAAUGGUGGUUUUGCCACAUAGGUAAAGCAGGAAAGAAGAUCGGGCAUGUUGUCCACAUAAUUGGUAGAGCUGUUACGAUUCUCUGCUGCUUCUGGAAGGGAUUGGCCCUAGCAGCUACCUACCCUACUUUGAUCUGUCGUUGGAGAUUCAAGCCGAAGAGAAGGACCGUUGCAGAUUGUAAAUCUUUACAGUUGAGGCCAUUCGUGAGCUCCAGAUUGGCAAUCUGUCCUUUUUAAGGAAGCCGCUUGACACAGGCGGUGUGACAAUCGGAAGUUGGGAAAAAGGUUGCUAAACACAGUUUAGUAUCCUAAUUGUUCAGGCUUGUGCAUUGUAGUUGACGCACAUCGGGCUGUAGCUAGCGCUUUCGACAGCACUGAAAGCAGCUGCUGGUAGAAUCAUGUGGGGAUAUUGUGCGGCGACGAGGACUACAUACCGGUGCAAUCGUCUAGCUGGAAUACGGUGUUAGACUUUUGCCUUCUGACCGUUGCCUUGUGAGCAGCUGAAGAGGAGUGUCAGAAUAUCAGUUGUGGAGUACUAGUGGGCUUGUGAAUCUGAGGGCACGUUGAGGAGCCUGUUUUUGCUGCUUCUCUAGUUGUGCUGGUCAUCAAGCGACUGGUUUUUGCGCAGCAAGGAGUUCAGCAGCUGGUGAUUGGGGAUCUAGGCGUGGGCAACAGCUUUGGACGGCGCAGUGAGAGACAUGGCCUCUCAUAGCAAGCUGCAUGCCAGCUGUCCAUUGCCUGACGCCGCUGAUGAGCCCACCAAAGGCUGCUGCAAGCGAUCUCAACCAGGCCAAUCACUGGAAGUGAUGCCCGUUUCUUUGGACCCAGAAGGAGUGCAACCGGACUUGAAGAGGCGGAAAGUAGAGGAGGGGUCGUUGUUUGAAUGGCUGCCGGGAGGAGAGGACGUCAACCGCCACCUGGCGCCAGAAUGUCAGUUGGACGAGGGACCUUCGAACGUGGAAAAGUCUGAGUUAGAGCUCAAGGGAGAGGAUGUUGAACAAGAGAUUAGGCCACAAAGCCAGCCAGGGUUGCCAGGCAAAACGAGAGAGGAAGGGGCGGGAUAUGCUGGACGGUCGGGUGUGAAUCGCCACCAUUUGGAAGAGGGGAGGUGGGGUGAAAGUAACCGGGAUGCGAAUGAAGGUGUAGAAGAGGAAGGGGGAGCGCAGGGGUGCGACGAGCGUAUGAUGCACGUGUUGGCGGUCGAUGAUUCGCCGGUGGAUCGAAAGCUGGUGGAGCGAUUGUUGAAAGAUGUUCCUUAUAAAGUGACGACUGCAGAGAGCGGUGUGCAUGCUUUGGGCGUUUUGGGACUCGACCAGUCGAAAGCGGAGGACUCCGAAGCAGGCGGGGGCCUCCAAAAGGUGCCGCCCAACUUCGACCUGAUCAUGACGGACUACAGCAUGCCGGGUCUUACAGGCUACCAGCUGCUGCAAAGGCUGAAGAAGGAGGAGACGGGCCUGGAGCGGGUGCCUGUCGUCAUCAUGUCGUCAGACAACUUUCCGAAGCGCGUCGCGAAGUGUAUCGAAGGGGGGGCGGAGGAGUACCUCCAAAAGCCCGUACAAGCGGCUGACAUCCACAGGAUCAACGCCCAGAUUCUCAAGCGGAAGGGAAGCGAAGAAGUCCGGUCACCUUCCCCGGGCCAUGACGAGAGCGCUGGCGUCAGCUCGCCGCCCGGCCGGUUGCAUUCACCGGCCUGCAAGAGAUCAAACUCUCCAGAAUGAAAGGAGGCCUGGGUCAACUAAGGAUUCGAAGUCAAUAGAGUCGCGAACUUGGGAGAAAUGGUUGAAAGGCGGAUGACUUGCCGCGAAGGGAGCGGGUGCAGAAGUUGGCAAAGGCCGGUGAGGCCACUGCCAACGUACUGCCACAUUUCCAUCCUUGAGUUCCGUUCGCGACUAGAUCAGUCAUCAUUUCGGAAGAAACUGGUACUUAAGCACGUUUUUCGGUAGGAUGCAGACACAGUAGUCGUGUUGGUAUGGAGAACGCGCAGAAAAGUCGAGUUUCAUCGUGUAAAUAAUACUGUGAAUACAGGUAAGGCGGAUGGCUGAUCCGAUUUGGUCGCUGCAUGCAAAGAACUGCAAAGACAGCGAAUAUUUCGCCUGGAUCAC